AACCCACCUAACCUAUAUUUUUAACCUCAAUUUUUUAGUCUUAAAAUAUGGAAAAUUCAAUUCAAAAAGCCACAGAUGCUAAAACAGAGAACAAAGACAACAAUUUCAAAAUCAAAGCUGUUCUUUUCUUCACAAGUGUGGCAGGCAUUUCAGCCCUAAUUGGCUUCAGUAGUGCUGUAGCAGCUGCUAAAAGACAUGACACCAAGUAUUUUAAUCAAGGAAUAGUAGCAACAUCCCCACAAAUGAAGGAGAGUGGUGCUGCAUUAGCUAUUAAAGCUCUAAGCUGGGGAACCUUAUAUGCAUUCACCGGCUGUGGAGUACUAUUUUAUGGUAUAUGGAAAUUAUCUGGAGCACAAAAUUUUGAAGAAUUUCGCCAUAAAGUUGGCAAAGCAUUACCCAGGAUACCUAAAAAUGACCCUCCUCAAAGUAGAACUGAAUUCAGUGGUAUCAACGACUUAUUUGAAUAUUUAAUUAAUGAAAAAAGCGUCAAAGAUAAGUAGAAUACACAUUUCGUAAUAUGUAGGUCAUUGAUCAAUUAGUUAAGUAUCUAUUCAUUUGUUUCACUGUUAAAUAAACAAACCACUAUUAAAAUAA